CCCUUCACACCCCUCCAUCCACUCAACACCACCACCCCCCAACUCUCUUCUCUUCCUCAACCAUCUUUGUUUUUUUUGGCUAUAAACAAUAAGUUCUCAAAACCCUAAAAUGGCCAUUAGGAAAUCAAACAAGCUACCACAAACUGCAGUUCUGAAGCAAAUUCUCAAAAGAUGCUCAAGCUUAGGAAAGAAACAUGGGUACGAUGACGACGGCGUCGGCCUCCCGGACGACGUGCCAAAAGGCCAUUUUGCUGUCUAUGUCGGAGAAAACAGAAGUAGAUACAUAGUUCCAAUCUCAUUCUUGACUCAUCCAGAGUUCCAGUGCCUUCUCCGGCGUGCCGAAGAAGAGUUCGGCUUCGAUCACGAAAUGGGUCUUACCAUUCCAUGUGAAGAAGUGGUUUUCCGCUCUCUAACUUCAAUGCUAAGAUGAGAGAAUGAUGUGGAAUAUAACAAGGCUCCCAUCAUUGCAGGAUCUGGAGAAGGGUCACGUGUAGCCUUGCUGUCGUUUGUUUCCUUGAUUCGAAUCCCUGACCUCCAGAUUGUGGUGUGAUAUAUAUAAUCAAUUAAUUUGUUCGGAGAAGGAUGACUAAGAUGAAGCAGCAGUGCUCGAUCGCUGCUUCUCUUUUUUUUUUUUCACAUCUUUCUUCAUUGUAUUUUGAUCCUUUUCUUUCUUUGGACCCUUAUGGGUUUUUCUGGUUGAUGAAUCUAACCCAAAACCCAAGAAUGUUUUCUGGGUUAGACUUGUAUAAAAUUUGAAAUUUUCCUCGUGGAGGUGUAUAGUUACACCCUGUGGAUGAAGUGCUUCAUGAAAGAAAAGGAUGAUUUAUUUGCCUUGUC